CACAGACUACCGUGCCUCAAAAAAAUACAAUACCCAGUAUGUUUGGCGGUGGUCAACAGACUCCAUCAGGUGCAGGGUUUGCCUUCAGUGCUACACCUUCUACACAAGCCUCCGCCACAGGGGGAUUCAAGUUUGGAACGCCCGCGGCAGCAUCAACACCUGCUGCUGGCUUCAAUUUUGGCCAACAAGCCAGCACAACCACAACACCAGCCACAGGAUUCAAUUUUGGGACAGCCACUGCCGGCACUGCGGCCCCCACUGCUGCCCCUACUGCCACACCAGGUGGAACUGGAUUUGCCUUCAACACUCCUGUCGCCACAUCAGCCACAGGAAUUAGCCAGCCAACAGCUGAUGCCACACCAGGCUUUAAUUUUGCCACAACUAUAAGCUCGACAACGUCCACGAAUACUGCUGGUACCUCAGGUGGCCUGAAUUUGCAAGCUGGAGGGGCACCUGGACUUCUUAGUACUCCAACUGGACUUCUUGGUACUCCAGCUGGACUUCUUAGUACUCCAGCAACUCAGUCAACUGGAAUAUUAGGAGCCAGCACUGCUGCACCGGGGUUGACACUUGGUGGCAGCACUGCUGCAGCAGGUCUGACACUUGGUGGCAGCAAUGCUGCACCAGGUUUAACACUUGGUGGCAGCACUGCUACACCUGGUCUGAUAUUAGGUGGCAGUACUGCAGUAACGGCUGGUCUGACAUUAGGGUCCAACACCCCAGCUUCAACUGGUCUGACACUUGGUGGCAGCACUGCUGCACCUGGUCUGACACUAGGGUCGAACAACCCAGCUUCUACUGGCCUGACAUUUGGUGGUAGUACUGCAACAAACACAGGGCUAAAAUUGCCGUCAUCAACUGCUGCUUCAACUUCGGCAGCCACUGGAUUGUCGCUACAGGGAGCCCUGGCCCCAAAGACAUCGGCCCAAGGCUUCACAGCCCCAACAUCAACGACUGCUGCAACAGCCAAUCAGAAACAGAUGACAUAUCAACAAUUGGAGGACCACAUCAACAAAUGGAUGUCUGAACUGGACAAUCAGGAGAAGGACUUCCUGGAGCAAGCCACACAGGUCAACGCCUGGGACAGAUUACUGAUAGACAAUGGGGAAAAGAUAUCUGCGUUGAACAGUGACAUGGAGCGAGUAAAGAUUGACCAACAGAAACUUGACCAUGAGCUGGACUUCAUCAAGUCUCAGCAGCAAGAGCUGUCUGACCUCUUGAUCCCACUGGAGAAGUCUGUCGAACAACAGCCCAACAUCAACUUCCAGCAGCAUGCUGACCUAGAACGGGAGCACACAUAUCAAUUGGCAGAGAAUGUUGAUGCCCAGCUGAAGAGGAUGGUACAGGACCUAAAGGAGAUCAUAGAUCACCUUAACAUGACAAACUCCAACCAGGACAACUCAGACCCAACGCAGCAGGUAACAAAGAUAUUGAACUCACACAUGGAUUCCUUACAAUGGAUUGAUCAGAACUCAGCUUUACUGGGCAGAAAAGUCGACGAAAUUUCCAAGCAAAUGGAAAUGCAGAGGAAGGAACAAGAACGCAACUUCAGACUGGUUUACAACUGAACUGUUUCACCAAUACGAUCAGUUUACAUAGGAUGUAUUAUAGUCAUGGACAUAUGAAAACUGAAGAUUAUGUGGGUCAUGUUUUCUGUUUUACUGAGAUCCAAGUGUCACAUUUCAUGUCUAACAUAAAACUGAAGACAAGGAAUUAUGUGUCUGUGUACCGUGUAAUAUUACUACAAAAAUUCACUAACUUUAGUGUGCAGCCACUAUAUAAAACUGGAAUAAGAGUAUAGACAGGGUAAAUAGUGGAGGAAUAGGAAAAAUUGGUGAUUUUCUGUAACAGAAUGUUUUCACUUUAAUACAGCUAUGUCUGUUUCAAGGUAAAAUAAACAAAAAAGAAAAAC